AAAGGGAUAUCUUAUGGUUUUACGGAAUAUAAAGCAAAUUGUCUGCCAUGACGGCAAAAAAUGUUGGUGUGAAUCCCCCAAAUGGCGACUUGAAAGGAUUUAUAGAUCAGAACCAGAGUCCAACAAAAGGCAAUAUUUCAAUAAUUACAUUACCAGUUUCCAGCACCAACUCUCCAACUAAGAUUUUGCCAAAAACCUUAGGACCAAUAAAUGUGAAUGUUGGACCCCAAAUGAUCAUAAGCACAUCACAAAGACUGACCAAUUCAGGGAGUGUUCUGAUUGGGAGUCCCUAUAAUCCAGCUCCAACAAUGGUCACACAGACACACAUAACAGAAGCUACUGGCUGGGUUCCAGGGGACAGAAAACGGACUCGAGAAUUUAUAGAAUCAGAUUUUUCAGAAAGUAAGAGAAGCAAAAAAGGAGAUAAAAAUGGGAAAGGUCUGAGGCAUUUUUCAAUGAAAGUAUGUGAAAAAGUCCAGCGUAAAGGAACAACUUCAUACAACGAAGUGGCUGAUGAGCUGGUAUCAGAAUUCAUAAAUUCUAACAGCCAACUAGCUGCAGAUUCGCAGGCUUAUGAUCAGAAAAAUAUUAGACGGAGAGUUUAUGAUGCUCUUAACGUACUGAUGGCAAUGAACAUAAUUUCAAAGGAGAAAAAGGAAAUCCGAUGGAUUGGCCUUCCUACAAACUCAGCUCAGGAAUGUCAGAAUCUAGAGAUAGAGAAACAGAGGCGGAUUGAACGGAUAAAACAGAAGAGAGCCCAGCUACAAGAACUGCUGUUGCAGCAAAUAGCAUUCAAAAACUUGGUACAAAGAAAUCAGCAAAAUGAACAGCAAAAUCAAGGCCCUCCAGCUUUGAACUCGACAAUACAGCUGCCUUUCUUAAUAGUCAACACUAGCAAAAGAACUGUUAUAGACUGCAGCAUAUCAAGUGAUAAAUUUGAGUACCUCUUUAAUUUCGAUAACACUUUUGAGAUUCACGAUGACAGUGAGGUGCUGAAGAGAAUGGGAAUGUCCUUUGGGCUUGAGGCAGGCACAUGUUCUGCUGAGGACCUAAGAACUGCAAAAUCAUUGGUGCCAAAAGCUUUAGAAGGCUACAUUACAGAUAUGUCUGCAGGACUUUCUUGGAUGAACCAAGGAUUAUUUUCCAGUUCAGCACAAGCAGCUUCACAUAUAGAAGUAGCAGGAGGCACUUCUGUUUCUAAAUCAAGCGAGAAUCCAGGGUUAUGUUUGGAUGCUGAAGUGGCCUUAGCAACUGGGCAGCUCCUUGCCCCUAGCAGUCAGCAGUCCAGCAGUGCAACAUCCCGCUACUCAGAAUCACGGGGAGAAACGCCAUGCUCUUUCAAUGAUGAAGAUGAAGAGGAUGAAGAUGAAGAUUCUUCCUCCCCAGAAUAAAGACAAUAGAAAACUGAGUAUAGAAAUACUUCUCAUACACAUUCUUAAUGAGAGCUCCUGUUUUGGAUUUUAUUUAAGUGUCUUGCUUUUGUUUGCACUGUGUUCAGCAGAGAUUCAGAACAAACACAUCCAAAGCUGAAAUUGAAAAUUUUUUGCAGUUGAACACAGAGUGAUACCCAGAUGCAGAGCAAAGUGUUUUUUAUCAACUACAACCACGGAAAAGAACAAAGUCCCUGGAGAUUUGGCAAAGUAAACAUCAAGUUAACACUUCCAUUUUGGGACAUUAUGUCUUAAGUCUCUGUUUUCCCCUUACCAUAACCAGAUAGAGAAGAAAACAGGGUCAGUCAACAAAUGCUGAUUCUCACAUUGUCUUUUGGCUGUGCUACCUU